AUGAUUAAUCAGCCAAAGUUCUUCUCUCGUUUAAUUUUCGUGAAUCAGAAGCCAAUGGAAUCACGCCUUCCAAUUCUUCUGCACGGCUUCUGCUUCAUUUCCCUUGUGUUGCAGAGAAGUUAUGCGUUGGACUCCAUUUCGUCUGGCCAGAACAUCACAGAUGGCCAAACGAUAGUCUCCGCCGGCGGGAACUUUGAGCUAGGAUUCUUCAGCCCCGGCAACAGCAAGAACCGGUAUGUGGGUAUAUGGUACAAGAAGACAUCGGCCAGGAUGGUGGUUUGGGUUGCGAACCGAGAGAAUCCCCUGAAUGACUCUUCAGGAGUCCUGAAGCUCACUCCCAAGGGCGUCCUGACUCUCCUGAACCGCACCGAUGGGGCCGUUUGGUCCUCCAAUGUGUCGAGAUCCGCCCAGAAUCCGAUUGCUCAGCUUUUGGAUUCUGCUAAUUUCGUCGUAAGAGAAGGCAAUGACAAUGACUUGGACGAUGCUAUCUGGCAGAGUUUUGAUCACCCUUGUAAUUCAUUCCUGGCUGGCAUGAAGUUUGGUAUAGACCGACUGAAAGGCCUGGACCGGUACUUCACCUCGUGGAAAAGUGCAGAUGACCCUUCACCGGGUGAUUUCACAUAUAGGCUCGAUUCUUCGGGAUAUCCUCAGCUGAUCCUACGGAACAGAUCAGUAGUGCAGUUCAGGUCGGGACCUUGGAAUGGCCUUCGGUUCAGCGGGGUCCCUCAGAUGAGGCCUAAUCCGGUUUAUAGCUAUGGGUUCGUCUUCAACCAAAAUGAAAUCUACUAUCACUUCAACAUUCUGAACAGUUCCAUAACUUCGAUGUUGGUUUUAAAGGAGAAUGGGAUCGCUCAGCACUUCACUUGGAUAGAUCAGACACCCGGUUGGAUAGUGUAUUCACCCUCCCAAGCUGAUGACUGCGACACUUACGCAUUCUGCGGAGCGAAUGGGAUCUGUAAGACUGAUAGCUCUCCAAAAUGUGUGUGCUUGACAAGGUUCGAGCCCAAAAACCUAAUCCACUGGGGAUUUGGGGAUUGGUCAUAUGGGUGUGUCCGGAGGACAGAACUGGAUUGCCAGGGAGGAGAUAAGUUUCUGAAGUACACCGAAGUGAAAUUGCCCGACACAAGGCUUUCGUGGUUCAAUGAGAGCAUGAACCUUCAAGAAUGCGAGAGGACGUGCUUGAGAAACUGCUCAUGCACAGCUUAUUCGAACUUGGACAUUACAGGGCAAGGAAGUGGAUGCUUGCUUUGGUUCGGUGACCUGAUGGAUAUUAGACAGUUCACCGAGAAUGGCCAGGAUAUUUAUGUAAGGAUGGCCGCAUCAGAAGUCGGUGGCGGCUCGAGUGGGAAUAUUGGCGCAAAGAAAAGAACGGGCAUCAUUGUCGGCACCGUGCUCUGCGUUGUGUUUCUUCUCGGGAUUGCGGUUAUUUACUGGAAGUAUAAGAGAGAUGGAAAGAUCUUUGCAUCCUCCCGUCAAGGCGAUAGUGAAGAUCUAGAGUUACCUUUGUUUGACCUCGCAGCCAUAGUGAAUGCGACGAAUAAUUUCUCCGACAACAACAAACUUGGAGAGGGAGGCUUUGGAGCUGUCUAUAAGGGUGUUCUCAAGAAUGGCCAAGAAAUUGCUGUGAAGAGGCUGUCAAAAAACUCCAGGCAGGGACAGGCCGAGUUCAUGAACGAAGUCGUCUACAUCGCCAAACUUCAACACCGAAACCUGGUCAAGAUUCUUGGAUGCUGCAUCCAAGUAGAUGAAAAGAUGUUGAUCUACGAGUUGUUGCCCAACCGGAGCUUGGAUUGUUUUAUUUACAACCAAGAGGAGGGUGUUCCACUGGAUUGGCCUAAGCGCUUCGCUAUCAUCAAUGGCAUAGCUUUGGGGCUCCUAUACCUUCACCGAGACUCGAGAUUAAGAAUAGUUCACAGAGAUCUGAAAGCUGAAAACAUCUUGCUCGACAUCGAGAUGAACGCAAAGAUAUCAGACUUUGGUUUGGCGAGGAGUUUUGGAGGUAAUGAGAGCGAAGGGAAUACGAAGAGAGUGGUGGGAACAUUUGGUUACAUGUCUCCAGAGUAUGCCAUCCACGGUUAUUAUUCGAUAAAAUCAGAUGUGUUCAGUUUCGGCGUUUUAGUACUCGAAAUCGUGAGCGGGAAACGAAAUCGAGGUUUCAAUCAUCCUGAAAAACAUUUAAGCCUUCUCGGAUACGCCUGGACACUGUUAAGAGAUCAAAAGUGGAUGGAGCUUGUACAUCCGUCUAUUGCAUCCACAUUCAACCCCGCGGAAGUUUUACGAUCCAUCCAUGUGGCUUUGUUGUGUGUUCAGAAGAAACCGCAGGAUAGACCGGAGAUGUCGUCCAUCGUUAUGAUGUUGGGCAGUGAGAGCACAUUGCCUCAGCCUAAACAGCCUGGUUUUUUCGAGACGUGUGCAUCCGAAGCAAGUUCUUCAAGCGGCAGCAAGCAUAAAGAUAUUUAGGCCAACGAAAUGACGAUUGCACUUACACAGCCUCGGCGAUAUAUAUACAUCUACAAUUACAAUCUUGUACCUAUUUGAUCUUACAUGAAAACGAGAAGAUCAUGGCAUUCGUGUUGAGGGUAAUCUCUUAAUCUGGAAUGGGAAGACUUGCAGGGACACAUGGAAGAUUGCACCUUCUGUUCUUUCAAAUUUUGCUGGAUUACAAUCAGAAAGGGAAAAGCGUGUACGUGUCC